CUUACACACUCAUCAUCAUACCGCUCGUUCAAGGCGCAUAUUCCCGCUAAUAUCCAUUUUGUCCCAUUUAAUCAGCGUACACUGUACAGUGCAGCGGCCACACAUCUGGCGCUGGAUGUUUGUUUUUCCGCUCAGCUGAUUCCUGUCAUGCCAGCUUGAAUCCUGCACUGUGUAGGCAUAUAUACUCGCAUCCGAAUCUGCGUGUUAUGUGGAUGGUGGAUAUUCUUUUUUAAGCGAUCUGUAUUAUAGGCGCUUGCGCGUUCGCGGUUGCCGCAUCUAUAUUCGCAGCAGCUUAUUUAUUUCCAGCGCGCGCUGAAUCAGAGACUACUGCGGCGUGAUUAAAAAGAAAACAUCCCAUCCGCGGCCGGGGCAAUAUUGUUCAAAUCUCUUCUGUCCACAACACACAAUAAUGUCAUCACGCUGCACCUUCCUACCUGACUAAUCGCCACGCUAAAUUUAAGUUGCCGUUUUUUUUCUCCUAGCGAUCGCUUGUUUUAUUCAUCGCGCAUCGCUCUGUUUAAUUUAUUUGGAGGUGACUGUUUUUUUCCGUCGCGGUGAUAUGUGUGCCAUUUGUUGCCGGAUUAGAUAGAAACCCGUGAUCACAAUUUAUAUUGCCAAAAAAUGCGUAAAAGAAGGGACAGGGAGGUGCCGGUGUGCUGCGACGUGCCAGUUAUCCAGAGGAUUACGAUGGAUUAUAGCUGUUGUGUGUAUUUUGUACUGCUCUGUGCUUUCCUCAUCCCCACCGCAACAGGUGAUUGUAUGUACAAAGGCCAAAGGAUACGGUCCGAGACGGUGCUAUCGAUAGACGACUGUACGGUGUGCGUCUGCCCGGCGGCGAAGCUCAAACAGGAAGUGAAAUGCACGGCCCUGGGAGAAUGCGUCCGCCAGAGUUUCCUCCCCGACGGCAUGGACCCGCGCCACACCACCGGCGAGAUGCAGGCCGACCAGGGCCCCUUCACCUUCAACUUCCUCCCCUCGCGCUCCGACUCCGUCAACAUCCCCAUGGUCCGCGAGACCGGCAUAACGGUUACCCAAGAUGAAAAGGUCACCCUCUCACCGGCGGACUUUUUGCUGCGCGGUGCCAACGUGGCCGAGCGGAAGAUUCUCUUCAAGAUCACGGAGCCCUUGCCCGAGGGCCAGGGCAAACUGGAGCGGACGGACCGUCUCGGGGAGACGGUGCAGACGUUCACGCUGGAUGAUCUCAAUGCCAAGCGCAUCACCUACACGGCGCCCAUGGAGAAGGCCAUCGGGACGAUUAUGGAUGCCAAUGGGGUCAUCUUCAGCUUCGCCUUUCAAGUGAUCGACCAGCAAAGCCAGCGCGGCGACACCUCCCCCGACCAGAAAUUCUACAUCCGCGUGUUGUCUUCCAACCUGGCGCCGCCCUACUUCGUGCACCACGAGAAGAUCGUCAACAUCACGGUGCACCGCGGCCAGAGCGCGCCCAUCCCCCCGGAAUACCUGCAGGUCAUGGAUCCCGACACGGACCUGCGCGACAUCAAGUACCGCAUGACGGUGGCGCCGCACGAGGGCCAGCUGAUCAGCAUCAGCGAGGGAUUGCCGGUGGUGGUGCAGGAGGGGGUGGAUGAGCCGCACGAUAACUUCCGCAGUAAAGCCUACCGCUACCAGCACCACGGCGCCAAUAUCGACGACGACUGGGCCGAGUUCCAGGCGUCCGACGGCAAGCAGUUCGGGAAGGUGCGGAUUAACAUCAAGGUGCUGGAGGUGGAUAUGAAUGCGCCGGAGCUGGAUGGCGGCACGAUGAAUAUGGAAUUACCCGAAGGAACCACCGAGCCGGUAACGGAGCGCAUCAUCAAGUACAAAGACAACAAUUCCACCGCCGAGAACAUCUGCUUCCGGCUGAAACAGGUCCCGGAAGAGGGCAUCCUCUUCCGCGGUGCCCCCAACGAGGACAUCAAGCAGAUCCUGAAGCCGGGCAUGGAGUUCUGCCAGUCCGACGUCAACAACGGCUUCAUCACGUACCAGGCCCCCGACGAGAUAGGCGUCCGGCCCAAGCCCUUCCUGGUGGUGUUCGACGUGGCGGACGGGAACAACAACACCCUGCAGGACCAGAGCGUCACCAUCACGGUGACGCCGCUGAAUAAUCUGCCGCCGGUGGUGCAGGUGCACGGGCCCCUGGAGGUCACCGAGGGCGGACGGGAGCGUAUCCCGCCCGAGCUGAUUACCGUCACGGAUCCCGAUACGCCGGUCAAUGAGCUCAUGUUCGUCAUUGACUCGCCGCCGGAGUUCGGGAUUCUGGAGAAUCAAAAACGACCGGGUCAGCCGGUGACCUCAUUCCCGGUACAGGACUUCAACACCGGAAACAUUGUCUACAUCAACACGCCGAAGGAGAACGAAGAGCCGACUAAGGACCGUUUCCUCUUCCACGUGACGGACGGAAAGAACGAGAGCCCGAUGAAUGUCUUCAACAUCACCAUCAUCCCGGUUAACGACGAGAAGCCCGUCGUCACCACGGAGGUGCUGUACCUCCGUCAGGGCGGCAGUGAGGACAUUAAGAAUCGCACGCUCUAUGUCACCGACCUCGACACCCAGCCGCCCGAUCUCGUCUUCACGCUCUCCACGCCGCCGCAGCACGGUCAAAUCUUCAUUCGUGACGACCCCGCCAGGAAGCCCGGUGAGGGCAAACCGAUCCACCCGGGCGACCAGUUCACCUACCAGGACGUGCUGAAAGGCCUGCUGUCCUACACCCACGACGACAGCAAGACGAGGGAAGACAACAUUGACCUGCGCCUGACGGACGGCCUGCACGAAGUGCCGGCCACCAUCGAGGUGCGGAUCGAGCCCGAGGGCACCUUGACCCCGCGCAUCAUCGUCAACAUCGGGGCGCAGGUGCCUAAAGGGUCCGCGGUGCCUAUCGACAAGAACGUCCUGCAGGCCACCGAUGACGACUCCGAUAUUCCCUCGCUCAAGUUCACCAUUACGGAGGAUGUCGAUCAUGGCCGGUUGCUGCUGACCCGACCUACCGGCGAAACUGUCGAACUCCGCGCCGGAACCCCGAAUAACUUCUUCAUCCAGGACGACCUGGACAACGGCCGUCUGCGCUACUCGCACAACUACGCCGACCCGGCCUCCGUCGUCCACUUCAUCUUCGACCUGUCGGACCCCGAAGGCAACACCCUGCACAACCAGAACUUCCGCAUCACCGUCCUCGAAGACCGCAUCCCUCCAGAAAAACUGAAGAACGAGGGCCUCGUCGUCAAGGAAAAACACCACGAACCCAUCACCAACCACGAACUGGAGUACACCGACAGCAACAGCCCGCCGGAGCGCCUGAAAUACACGGUGACCAGCGGUCCGGACCAGGGCCGCCUGGAGCGGGUGGGCCAGCCCGGCAUCCCCAUCACCGAGUUCCGGCAAGCGGAUCUGAACAACGGCGCGAUAUUAUACAACCACACCUCGGACUCCAAGAUCUUCCUGGACGCCUUCAACUUCCGGAUCAGUGACGGGACCAACGAGCCGGAGGACCGGUUCCGGAUUACGAUUAUCCCGUUGAACGACAGCGCCCCGGUGGCGACAUACACGUCCCUGACCGUCGACCAGGGCGAGAAGGGCACCAUCACCCCGGAUCAGUUGCGCGGGGAGGACGCCGACACCGAAGACCGCUUCCUGGUGUUCGACAUCACCGAGGUGCCGCGCCAUGGACAGUUGUUGCUGCGGCAGGAUAACGGGUACGAGACGGCCACCCGCUCCUUCACCAUGAUGGACAUCUGGCGCAACCGGGUCAUCUACGACCACGACGGCGGACCCUCCACCCAGGACAGCUUCAAGUUCGUCCUGCGCGACGGGACGCAUAAUUUCUUCUUCGUCAACGAGCACGGCACGAAACGCGGUCCCCUGGAGGAUCCCGAGGAGUUCCCCAUCAACAUCCGGGCGACGACCAACGCCCCACCCUCGGUCAAGAACCGCGGACUGCAGUACCUGACCCACGAUGAACGGGAAAACAAACCGAUUGGUCCGAUUACCAACCAGGAACUGGAGGCCACGGACCCGGACACCCGACCCAACGAAUUGAAAUGGAUCAUCGUGACCUCACCGAAGCACGGACACGUCGAGACCCGGGACCGUCCCGGCCAGCCCAUCUCCGAGUUCACCCAGGAGGACCUCAACCGAGGGGUCAUCCGUUACGUCCUCGAUGAUCUGAACACCCCCGACACCUCGGACUUUUUUAUCGCCCGGCUCCAGGACAACAACCAGCCGCAUCCCAACGUCAUCGACGGGAUCAAGUUCAACAUCCAGUGGGCGUGGAUCUCCUUCGGGCAGACGGAGUACACGGUGCAGGAGAACGCCGGCAUGGUCCGCCUGAACAUCCGGAAGGAGGGGAACUUGAACCAGUACUCCCUGGUGCAGUGCGCCACCUCCCCCGGGACCGCCACCGACGCCCCGGGAGGUGACUUCCAACGGGUGGAAGAGCAGAUUCAGUUCGAGGAGAAUGUCAACCAGAAGGUGUGCACGGUGACCAUCCGCGACGACCAGGUCCGGGAGGGUCCCGAAGACUUCACGGUCCACCUGAGUAAACCGCUUUACGCACUGCUCCGCGAGCCGAAACGCGCGCGGGUGGUCAUCACCGACGACGAGGACCUCGGCGGGAUCCGGUUCGACCGGCCGGCGUACUACACCAACGAACGGGUCGGGGUGCUCCAGGCGCCGCUGCUUCGCUCCGGAGACAUCUCCACCGCGGCGUCCGUGGCCUGCAUCACCCGCCCGGGAACCGCCCGCGACCGCCAGGAUUUCGUCCCCUUGACGCCGGCUAACCGCGUUACCUUUGCCCCGGGGCAGGACCGCGCCACCUGCGACGUCCAGAUCAUCGACGACGGGAUCCAGGAGAACGAGGAGGAGUUCGAGCUCAUCCUGCAGCAACCCUCAGAGAACACCCAGCUCGGGGUUAUGAGCCGGGCCCGGGUCAUCAUCCAGGGCCCGAACGACGGCGGGGCCGUGGUACGGUUCGCCCAGCAUCACUGUCUGGUGCGGGAGGUGUCCGGGCGCUACCAGUUCGAGGUCAUUCGGGAGGGUUCGGACCUAUCGCAACCGGCGUCGGUGGUGUGCAGUACCGAGGCGAUGGUACCGGUGUCGGCCACGCCCAACGAGGACUACGUCCACACGUCCGAGCGGAUCCAGUUCGCGCCGGGACAACGGCGGGCGAUGUGCUCGGUCCAGAUAAUCGAUGAUUCGUAUUUCGAAGGGAACGAAUCGUUCCAUCUGGUGCUGUCGCAGCCGCAAGGGGCGACGCUGGGGCAACCGUCCAAGUCGACCGUUACUAUCUUCGACACGGACUCUGAAGUGCCGACCAUCCAGUUUGAGCGGAUCGAGAUCACCGUGGAGGAGACGGCCGGCCGUAUCGACCUGCCCAUCAUCCGCACCGGCAACGUGGACGUGGAGUCGACGGUGCGCUGCUUCACCAUGUCGCGCAGCGCCCAGCCCAGCACCGACUACAUGGACCGGCCCAACACCGACCAGUCCAUCGUCGUGUUCCGCCGCGGCGAACGACGGCAAAUCUGUACCGUGUACAUCAUCGAAGACAACAUGUACGAAGCGGACGAGCAGUUCUACGUGGUCCUCGGCAGUCCGCAGCAUUCCCGCAUCGGCCCACAGGAUAAAGUGGUCGUUACGCUGACCAAUCGAGAAGACUGUCCGAAGGUGUAUUUCGAGCAGACCAACUACGAAGUGGAAGAGCCACAGCGCGCCGGCAGCAUGUCCACCGUGCUGCUGACCGUGCUGCGCAGCGGCGACGCCAGCCGGCAGUCGGAAGUGCGGGUGACCACGCGCGACGGCACGGCCAUCGCCGGACGCGACUACCACUCCAAGAGCACCAUGCUUGUCUUCCGACCAGGUGAGACGGCCAAGCGCUUCGCCGUGGAGAUCCUGUACGACAAUGAGCGCGAGGUCACGGAGACGUUCACCGUGCACUUGGGCCCGGAUCAGCCGGUGAACGCGGAGAUUUCGCAGCCGUCCAUCGCCACGGUCUGCAUCACCGACCGGCCGCCCGAACCCAUGCCCAUCCUCCCGUCCCCGCCCAUCGUGAUUUCCCUGACCUACUACGAGAACGUCCAGAUCGGCAUGAACCAACCGCCGCCGCCGGGAUAUCCGCUUAUGUGUCUAACGCCCUGUGAUCCCCGCCACCCGCGCCCCCAGGUGACCCCCACGUGCCAGGACCGCGUGUCCUACCGUUGGGAGAUGGCCACCGACACGGACCGCGACGGCAACCGCAUCUACUCCACCAUCGCCGACACCACGCCCUUCACCUCGGCCCAGACGCCCGUCCUCGACUCCAUCUACUUCGCGCCCAACUGCAUCCUGCGCUGCGCCGUCGACCAGGGCGGCGGCCAGAUGGCCUACAGCUCCGAGGUGACCAUCAGCCGCGAAGGGGCCUGCGCCAACCCCCGCACCCCUGAAACGAAAGGUCAUCAGCGCUCCCUGUCCACCGACAUUCAGUAUAACGAGCCGGGCAGUGCGCACUACGCCAACACUGUCCACAUCACCGUGACCAUCCCGCAUCGGGACGGUAUCCUCCCGGUCAUCUCCACCUUCCCCAUCCACAACCCGAAGCUGUUGUUGACGGAUCAAGGAUACCGGCAGCAGCAUGUGUGUUCCAACUUUGUCCCCAAUCAGGACGGGAAGAUUAAGGGCUUCCUGGAUGGCAGCGGCGGGAACGCGGUGUUCCCCACGCAGGCUGGGAUGCUGGACUCCACGAUCCGCGGGAACAUGACGGUGCAGUUGUACACCCAUCUUAACAUGGAGACCUGCACAUGGAAAUUCGACGCCAACUACGACAUGACGACCCUGGUGGACCGCUGCGGCGGCACCGUCAACACCAACGCCAACGCCCGCAGCAACCAGUUCGGCCAGCGCGCCGUCACCGUCACCGUGCCGCUCUACGUCUCCUACAUCUACGCCGUGCCCCCCAACAACUGGGGCUCCAUCGACCACCGCACCACGCUGGAGAUCAGCUUCAACUACGACACGGCGCUGAGCAACGACCGCGUGCGCACCACCAACGACAACGUCGACGCCAAGAUCAACGUGGUCCGCGUCCGUUUAACCGACGCCGGGAAUCUCUGCAUCACCAUCAAGACGCAGACCAAGUUCCGCGGGACCUUCGUCUUGUCACAUCCCCGCCUCCCGGGGCAGCAGUCUAACUUGAUCCCGCCGAGUAACCUCCCGGUGAAGUUUAAUUUAAUGCUGGAAUGGCAGCAGGAGACGUACGAUUAUCCCAUGCAGACGUGGCAGGCGACGAGUGACCUUUCGUUGCGAGAUUACACCGGGGAUUAUACGCUGGAGAUGAUCCCAUGUAUGGCCACGCGGCCGGAGUUCUCGAUGGACCACCAUAAUUGUGAGCCGAGGAGUCCCAAGCAGUUUAUCCUCCCGAUUCAGUUCAACCAGGGCAACCGCCCGCCACCGCUGGUGUAUUCGCUAAACACGGACUUCCAGUUGGCGCAUGGGGAUCAGGUGUUCCAGGCGGAUGCCAGUGCCGUCGUGGAGACCACACCGGCGCAGAUUCCCGAUGAAGCCUUCGGCAAAGGUGAAACGAUCCACGGCUGCGUAAUGUGGAACCCGGUGCAGGAUCUGAAGGACGCUUACAAACUGGAGAUCCAACGGCUGUAUGUCUGCUGCGGCAAGAGCGGAUACACGCCGGUGUACGAUCCCCGCAUCACGCUGCAGGGGGAGCCGCAGUACGGCUGCAUGCAACCCAGCCGCAAUCUCCGCCAUCGAUAUCUUUUACUGGAUCGCAAUGACCCCAGUCAUGUUGACCGGCAAGUACAGGGUAUCGAUUUCCAAGCCGAUUUCAUCGACAAACAUCCGAAGCUCAAGAGUCUCAAGCGACGCUCCGGCACCGAUGGAUUCGUCUUUAAAACUGACCCGCUUUAUGAAUUGGGACCAGGUCGGCAGUGGUACCUGCAAGUCCUCUACGUCAUCACCACCGCCGACGACGGCAGCCGUAUCCGGCGCUCGGCCAUCAUCCCGGCCAAGUACCGCAACGGGACCAACAUGCGCCACGUCGAGCUGAAAUCCUCCGAUUUCUCCGGCGAAUUCCCCGGCGGCACCGCGGCCGGACAGGUCUCCUCCCUGACCACCAUCAUCGGGGCUUCCGUCGGCGUCCUCUCCCUCCUACUGGUGGCGGCCUCCAUCACGGCCUGCGUCGUCGUCAAGAAACGCCGGUCGCGGAUGCGCUCGGGCUGGUCCGGCAGCCGGACGGGCGGCUACCGCCCCGGGUACCAGAUGGCGGCGCGCGGCGGACCCCCGGCCGCUCGGGUGCGCAGUGUCCCGCCGCAGCGGGGCGGUUACGUCCUGGCCAAGGGGACGGAAGUGUGAGAGAACGAACUUCUCUAAUCCACGUCGUGUUUUUGUGCCUUUUUGUUUUGUGAUGUUCCGUGCGCGGCUUUUCUGGCUUUUUUACAAAUGUUGUUUCUCGUGGUCUUUGAUUAACUUGGGAAAUAGUUGUAGUUGACGCGGAACGCGGUCAGUUAGUCAAGAUAGCAUUUACGCAGGUGUUUUUUGGGUACUUCGGUGAUGUGAUGGAAUUGCCUAGACUAAGUGGUUCUUCACCGCAGAGAUGCUACAGUGGUUUUUUGACGGUUAUUUGCAUUUUUGUCAUAGCAUUGCAUUUCUUCUUGCGCAUUUCUAUUUGUUAAGAUAGUAAUUAAUAAAAUACUGCGAAUAAAUAAAUAAGAAAAUAA